GGCCGAGCCUUGGAGCUUUGCGCGCCUGCGUCUGUUCGACGGUACACGCUGCAUGCUGGCGCAGCCCGGCCACCCCCGAGUCACGCGUAACUUGUCCUGGACGGCAUUUCCCACAGGUUGGGUCCCACAGGCCUUUUUUAUGCCUGUGCUUGUGUGCUCUGCCGCAGCGGAGCUCCAUCGCAACCGAAGCCCCCCUCCCCUGCCUCUGGCCUCCUCCGGCGAGCGCGCCACAUCGUGAUUGGUCAGCUUUUGCGCGACCAGCUUGACGUCCUGUUUACCUCGCCAGCUGCCGACCUCACUUUCCUUCCAUCUUUUCUUCUCGUGUCUGGCGUCCAGCCUCCCCUUCAUCAUCGUGCCGUGAUCGCAACCUGUAGGCGACCCUGCCUGGUAGCCCCCGCGCCCGCGCCCUCUUUCCCUCAUCCCCAUUUCCUCUCUGUAAGCUCGAGGAGCUCGCACCCACGCGCGCGAGCAACUCCCAGUCCACCAUGCCCAUGGAACUGCGCAAGCGCAAGGCGCCGGCUCCGCCGCCUGCGCCAGCAGCCAAGAAGCCAGCCAGGGCGGCCAAGGCCGCCUCUGAGGCCAAGGAAAAGGUCGAGUCGAAGGCGGCUGCCAAUGGUGCGGCCAACAAGCAGCCCGCCGUCGGCGACACCAUCGCCCUCGACGGUUUCGGCGGCGAGAUCGAGACCAACGACGGCACCAAGACCACCCUCAAGGCCCUUGUCGAGGAAAGCAAGGCCGGCGUCGUCCUCUUCACAUACCCAAAGGCUUCCACCCCGGGCUGCACCCGCCAAGCCUGCCUCUUCCGCGACGCCUACGACGCGCUGACGGCCGCCUCGGGCCUCGCCAUCUACGGCCUGUCGGCCGACUCGCCCAAGGCCAACACGACCUUCAAGGAGAAGCAGAAGCUGCCCUACCCGCUGCUGUGCGACCCGCAGGCGACGCUGAUCGGCGCCGUCGGGCUCCGCAAGGCGCCCAAGGGCACCACGCGCGGCGUGUUCGUCGUCGACAAGGCCGGCCGCGUGCUCGCGGCCCAGGCCGGCAGUCCCGAGGGCACCCUUAAGGUCGUCCAGGAGGUCGUGGAGCGGCUGGCGGGCGCCGGUAACGGAGAGGGGAAGGCGGAGGCGGAGCAGGAGGGUGAGAAGAAGAAGGCGGAGGUGGGGGAGGCGGUGGAGCAGGCGGAGAAGGUGGAGGCGGAGAAGGGCGCGGAGAAACCGGAGCAGGCGGCGCCUGGCGAGGAGGUCAAGGAGAAGGCGAAUGGGGAGAAGAAGGAGGAGAAGAAGGAGGAGGAGAAAAAGGAGGAGGAAAAGAAGGAGGAGAAGUAGGCGGGUAAGACCAUUGUGGGAGGGAAAUACGGAAUGCUGGGUUUCUUCAAUCUAGUCUAGGAUGGCCGAGGUGUCUGGGUUUAAAGGGUGGAUGGAAUUCAGCGGUUGUGUAUAUCAUGCUUUGUUUUUGCUCUUUCUGAUCGCGAUAGCCAAUGAAGCGUUUCUGUCUUUGCCCGACUCUGCCUGUGCAAUCCCGCUAUCCGACCGGAAACCCUACUUCUGUUCCCCAGACGUAAUUAUCACACGCCCGCUCCCCCAACCUCCUCAGUGACUCUUGCCUCCCUCAUCCGGCGGUCGUCGCUGCUGCUGCUGCGCUUCACGGCUGACCUUCUAUGU